GCCUCUAAUGAGCGCUCGCUUCACCCACCCUCAAGCUCCUUGAUUCCCUAAAUCCUUUCGUGUUCCAAUUUGCAAAGCGAUCCAUAAGUGGCACGACACACGGGCGCCUAUAAGCUCCUUUCCGUGAUUUUCCACCAGUACUGGUUCCAGAACACAGAGCUUUCUUCCAGUCUUUCCUUGCACGCGCAUAGCAUAUAGCCCAUCGUUCGCAUCAUGGUAAGCGACUCAGCUAUUCAUUCACUCGCAGGCGCUGCCGGAGGCAUCGUUGCCAUGUCCGCAACAUACCCACUCAUAGUCUUAUCGACACGCGCUGCAGUCGAUGUGAAGAAUGACUCCAAGAGCGCAGCUCAAAAUAUCCUCGAAAUUGUUAAGCGGGAGGGUAUUGUGGGCCUUUAUAGCGGUCUGAGCCCAAGUUUGCUCGGGAUAGCUGUCACAAACGGGGUGUAUUAUUAUUUCUAUGAACGUUCUCGAGGGAUCAUUUUGAAUUCGAGGCAGGGGAGCAAGGCGCUUAGUAUGUUGGAGUCGAUGUUAGCAGGUGUCAUUGCUGGAUCAGCGACCACCAUCAUCAGCAAUCCUAUCUGGGUUGUACAGACGUCCCAAGCCGUUCGAGUAGAACCAUCCCCUUCCGAACCAUCCCAUUCACGUGCAACACUCAGACGGCCAAGUGUCUUCCAAACCAUUCAAGCCAUUCUCGCUAAAGACGGGCUAAACGGGUUCUUCCGUGGGCUCGGCCCUGCUUUAGUGCUCGUGAUCAACCCUGUACUGCAAUAUACAGUGUUCGAGCAGUUGAAGAAUUUUUUGAUUAAGAAGAGGUCCUCGAAGCUAGGGGCAAGAAGCUCUGGAAGCGCGGUCGCAGUCUUGUCCGACUGGGAUUUCUUCAUCUUAGGUGCACUUUCGAAACUUGUCGCAACAGGGACGACGUACCCUUAUAUUGUCCUAAAGAGCAGGCUCCAAGCUGGGCAGGCACGCGCAGAGCAGUACAGAUCUUCUCUUGAUGGUCUCGCUACGAUCUUGAGAGAGGAAGGCAUACAAGGACUGUACAAAGGCGUCGGCAGUAAACUCCUCCAGAGUGUCCUCACUGCUGCAAUAUUGUUUGCUGGACAGAGGAGGAUAUAUGAAUUUGUGAAGAAGACUAUCGCGUCGACGACAUGACUGUCCACGGGGUAAUAACGCUAUUGCAAAUGUGUCACAUAUGUAAAGUAAGGUCUAGUAAUAUCAUUCCGUGAAUACCUGCGA